AUGACAGAAGUUAUUCCAAUUGGUAUUGUUAUGUGGGGAAAAGAAAAAGUUGGUAAAUCAACGAUUGUAAAUGUAUGGAGCGACACUCCACAGCCUUCAAGUUAUGACCAUCACGAACCUCGCAAGGUUGAAGUUGAUUAUCCAAUAGGAAAAACAACACUAAAACUACAAAUCUAUGAUGUUGCGGCAGAAAAUAUUGAAGAUAACUCAGUAACAAUGGAAACCCAUAAUAAAUCAGGACCAAUUCAAAUUUUUGUAAUGUCAGCUGAUGAAGAUAAUGACGAUGUUGAUUAUUGUCGUACUCUUUUUGAAAGUCCAAUGUGGAGUGCUGAUGACGUUAAGUUAACAGUAAUUAUUUUAAAUAAAAUAGACAUUCAACAUAAUAACAAUGAAGAACUUCUUAAAAGUUUCUUAGAGAAAUAUCCUAAAGUUUUAUUCUUUAAAACAACAAUUAGUGAUCCGGAAGGAAUUAAAAAAGCUCUUUCAACAAUUGUUCAAGAAUAUGCAUCUGAAACAGGAAUUAAAUUAACUAAGAAAAAUAAAAAAGAAAAAAGUUCAAAGAAACAAGGUUGUAAGAAUCAAUAA